CUACCUCACCUUGGAACAUAUAUGUAAUACUCCUAUAUUGCUAGAAGAGUGUUGACCGUCAGCCCAAACAUUACGGUGCAGACGUAUAAUAGCCUCUCUCUCGCGAACGGCCCAGCUGAUUUGUGCGCAUGCGGUUACAUUUUUUAAAACACCAUUAGGCGCGAUUUUCACAUAACCUGUUUUCGUGAUUUGUGCGUGUGUGCGACGGUAAACAACGCAUAUUAUAAGUGUCCCAAGUGAGACAAACCAAAGAAAAAAUUUACAAUGGUGCGAAUUUGUUUUUUGUGUCAGAAAAAGGCAGCAAAGGAUGGAAAUUUUGCAAUGCACAAAUUUCCAAAAGAGGUGAGCAUUCGGGCACAGUGGUUACAUGCCUGCAAAUUAUCUGACAAGGACAAUGUGAUACAUGUACACAUUUGCUCCGAUCACUUUGUACCAAGUGAUUAUAAAAAUAGCAUAGGACUGUGUAGCAGAAAGUGGUUAUUGAAACCAGGAGCAGUGCCUUCCGUUAAUGUGCCAAAUCCUCCAGCUGCCGAAUUGCAGUUCCAGUCAACAUCUGAGAUUAUAAUGGACGCGACACGUAAGAUUGAAAACAUACAAAUUUUUUUUAUUGAGGGUAGUAAAUACUGACAACAGAAUUGUUACAGCUAUGGUUCAACAUUAUUCAUAUUGUUUUAUAGGAUUAGUGCCUUCUAUUGAUGUUCCAAAUCCUUCAGCUGCCGAACUGCAGUUCCAGUUAACAUCUGAUUAUACAAUGGACGAGACACAAUCAGUGCCUUCUAUUGAUGUUCCUCCAGAUUUCACAUCAGUUUCAAAUGUAGGAGAACUGGAAUUUUCAACAUCCAAGAAUGUGAUGGAUGAGACACGUAAAUUUAAAACUAAACUAUUUUUCUUGAGGGUACUAAAUACUGAAAGGAGUUGUUAUAGCUUUAGUUGAACGUAAUCCAUGUUGAUUUAUUAAUAACAGUAAUAAUGACUUGCUUGAACUAUUAAAAACGCUUUUAUCUAAAAAGAUUACAUUUUCCUAUUCCAUAUCUUAUUCUCGAGAUAUUUUAGAAUGUCCAUUAAAAUGAAAAACCCUACACCUAUAAUUUCAAUCAUUCUCUUCAAAUAUUAUUAUUCGUUAAUUAACAUUUAUCCGUUAGAAGUUGCAAAUAAGCAUUCGGUCGCGACCGGGUAAUGUUUUUUCUGUUUCGCGUCCUUUCCGUCUCA